AGCCGUGGACCCUCUUCCCCAUCUGCAUUCCGAGCCCUCGUUCUUCCGCUAUCAUCUCGACUAAAACCUCUUUUCUGCGAAUCCAAUGGCGAACCGUUGGUUGAGGCCUGAGGUGUAUCCAUUGUUCGCCGCCGUCGGAGCCGCUGUCGGAAUCUGCGGGUUUCAGUUGGUUCGCAACAUCUGCAUCAACCCUGAAGUCAGAGUGAACAAGGAGAAUAGGGCGGCGGGAGUUCUGGACAACUUCGCCGAGGGAGAAAGAUACGCAGAGCAUUUCUUGAGGAAGUUCGUCCGCAACAAGGGUCCGGAAAUCAUGCCAUCCAUCAACAAGUUCUUCACCGAAUCCUAAUACUGAAACCCCCCGAGUCGUUCUCUUGCUGCUAUCUCGCCCAAGGGCUUCAACCCGGUUUCGUAAAACCCGAUUGAAACUACGUAUUCUUCAAUGGUUACUACUAUGGUAUUGUAAGACAUACAGGGGAAUUUGUGUUGGUUUUGUCGUUUGUGUUGUUGUUACAGUCAGUCAGGUCUUGAACUGAAAAAAAUAUCCGGUUUCCUGUGGUUCUGAAACAUUCCUGGUUCUCUUACAGAACCAAAACUGAAUUUGAAAUGUCAUCA